UCACUCUAAUUUCAAUCUCUGCAAAUCAUUUAAAAGCGUUGGCCGAGCCGAUUUUGCCGAUUGAUAUUUCCCUACUUGUUAAAUCUCCACUCUUGAACCAGUACGGAGUAGUUAGCGUUGAUUUAGCAAUGCAUAAAUCGAAGAAGCGGAAAAUCUCUCACGAUGUGAAUUCAGAGACUAAUGGAGAUAUACCAGACACAUCUAGGCCAACUGCCGUAUUCAAACCCCAGGGUGGGAGAUCACAUACGCUUAGCGUCGCUCUCCCUGGCAGUAUUAUUGCAAACGCAAAAUCGCAUGAUCAAAAGACCUAUCUUGUCGGCUCCAUUGCCCGCGCAUUAGCUGUAUUCUGCGUCGACGAAAUCGUCAUAUUUGAAGAUGAGCCGGAGUCGCAACAGUUUGGAAAUCGCUCCCGCGCUGAAAAUGAGUACACAGCGUUCUCGGAUCCGUCACACUUUUUAGCACAUGUGCUUUCCUACCUCGAAACACCGCCGCAUCUACGGAGGGAUUUGUUCCCCAUGCACCCUAAUCUGAGAACAGCGGGGACAUUACCGAGUUUGGACAUGCCACAUCAUAUCAGGGCAAACGAAUGGUGCGAAUAUCGUGAAGGAGUUACGAUACCGAACGAUAACUAUGGCGCAGAAGAUGGCCCGUCUGAGAGAAGCAACAAAAAGAAGAAAAGCAAGAAGUCCAAGCGAAACCAGCAGGGAGGGCAAGAACAUGAAAAUUCCUCGUCCAAUAAUACAUUUACCCUUGUGAACACAGGAAUCCCAGAGCCAGUCCGCAUUCCCAAUCUUUCUAUCCUACCUCACACCCGCUUAACCCUCAAAUUCAAAACCCAAGACUACUCCGACGGCGCCGAUCCGGUAGCACCGUCUACCCCUCGCGAAGAAGCAGGCUAUUACUGGGGCUAUUCAAUCCGUCGCUGCACGUCACUAUCCUCUGUAUUCACCGAAUGCCCAUUCGAGGGUGGGUACGACUUGUCCUUCGGUACGUCGGAGCGUGGCCUGCCGCUUGCCCACAUUUUACAACACCCGGAGAAAAUUCCGCAAUACAAGCACUUAUUGCUUGUUUUCGGGGGCGUGGCAGGGUUAGAGACGGCUGCAAAGGCCGAUAAAGAGCUGGCGGCGAAGGGGAUCGGGGCCGGAGAAGUUGGAGAAUUAUUUGAUUUUUGGGUAAAUGUGCUGCCGGGGCAGGGGAGUAGGACGAUUCGGACCGAAGAAGCGGUUUGGCUAGGAUUGAUGGGGCUGCGGGAGGUGGCCGUGAGCAAGGGCACCUAACUGGGAAUGGAACGAUCUACGGGGUGUGCCGGCUGCUGAAGCAAUACUUACCGCUUUGCCUACCCGGGGGCCCUAUGACACCGAUCAGACCAUGUUUUUGGAUAGACACAUGAUCUGAUCCGGAUUCGGAAUAUUUUAUGCAAAUUUCGAAGAUUACGAUGAUGGCUUGAAUUGGAGUAUUACCAGGACAACGGGGCGUCUAUUCAUUUGGGAUUACCCUUUUCGUCAUCCUAUUGUACACCUGUUACCCGAGAAUCAAAGCUUGUCCAAGAAGCGAAUCCGCCAAAAUUAGGAACCGUAUGUACUCUAUAAUUGCACUGCCUCCUUUCAGGCCUUCUUAGUCCUCACUGCUCAUCUCAUCGCCUCCACUCGUGUUCUCAUCAUCAUCUUCCUCUUCCAUUUUUCUAAUGACCACGUCACCAUUCUUUCCCCGUUUCUCAGCCUCAAACCACGCUUCUCUACGCUUCAGAGCUUUCUCUUCUUUCCCGCCCUGCCUCUUCAGCUUUAACUGCUGUGCUCUCUCGCGCUCGUCGAGGAGCUCAUUGGUUAAAUCUUCAAGGCCAGUGGCAUACGUCCGAAGCUUGACAAUUUCAGUCAUGUUGGCGUCACGGGUGGAUUCGUGGACGGAGAGCUGGCGUCUGAGGGCUUCAACUUCUUGUUCGAGGGAGGAGAGGCGUGACUGGUCUUCUGAGUGUGAUCGUCCGCUAAGUUGGACUUGGUUUUGCGUUAACGAGCUUACUGGGGCUGUGCGGAGGGCACGUAGUUCCGCCAGACCUUCGGAUAUCAGAGAAUUUGGAAAGAAUUGAUGGGC